AUGACACAGUAUAACAUUGGUUGCCCAUUACCCGAUUGUAAAUGUGGAGCUCCAAACUGCACUGGAUCACUAGGAGCCGUAGUCCAUGAAAAAGUGGAGAAAGCUGUCCCGGAGGUGGAAGUAGUGCCGAACGAUUCCGAAAAGCAAGGAAAAGGAAAGCAAAAACGAAAAGCCGCGUCCUCAUUAGCUUCGCCGAAGAAGAAAAGAUCUAGUGCGCGCAGUCGCCAAUCUACGCCGGCCUCCUCAACGUCUUCCUCAUCUAGGAGCCCAUACAAAGGACAAAAAAUCAAGAAUGGAAAGGAUAAUCUUUCGCGUACGCAAACACGUAGCAGAGGCUGCAAAGUCAUUAAUGGCUUCAAAGAGCCUAAGCCUGAAGUUUUGGAAGAUGAAAAGCUGAAGAGAGCGCUUCUGAACGGCGAGGCACUGGAGAAACUUUCCGAUGCCAAACCUUUGCUACAAAAGGGUAACCAGGAAGCGGCCAAUGGUUGGUUACUUUUCCUUUUGUCAUUCCAGUCAGACAUGCUAACUUACAUUCCAGGUCUUAGGAAGAAUCAUCGCCGGAUAGCAGCUGAGUUGUCUUCUUUUAAUGUUAUCGUGUCAUAA